UGAUGCACUAUGCCGGAGAAUCGUGCCUGAGCCGCCUGCGGGCCAGGUUUGAAAACGUAACCGAUGACGCCCUGCACUACCUAUGAGCUCAUCGCUCUCCUCACAGACUGCAAUGGCGCCUGUAGAUGCCAAGUAUAUAUACCCACACCCUCCAUGGAGAAAUCCCAUACAAAGAAGAGAUUGAAAUACUAAAAUGGCGGCUGCUUUUAUGCCUAGAGUGAAGCUUGGGAGCCAAGGACUCCAGGUGUCAAAAUUGGGGUAUGGUUGUAUGGGGCUAACUGGAGUGUACAACAAUCCGGUUUCAGAGGAAGAAGGGAUAGCAGUAAUAAAGGAGGCUUUUAGUAAAGGUGUUACAUUUUUCGAUACUUCUGACUUUUAUGGAGCAGAUCAUGCUAAUGAGUACCUGGUUGGCAAGGCAUUGAAACAUUUGCCCAGAGAAAAAGUAGAACUGGCUACAAAGUUCGGUAUCUGUAGAAUUGAAUCUACUGAGGUUAUAGUGAAAGGUACUCCUGAGUAUGUUCGCUCCUGCUGUGAAGCUAGCCUGAAGCGCCUUCAAGUUGACUACAUUGAUCUUUACUAUGUACAUCGUAUUGACACAACAGUGCCUAUUGAGGAAACUAUGAGAGAACUGAAGAAAUUAGUUGAAGAAGGUAAAAUAAAGUAUGUUGGGCUAUCUGAAGCUCACCCAGACACAAUAAGGAGGGCACAUGCUGUUCAUCCUAUCACUGCUCUGCAACAGGAGUAUUCCCUAUGGACUCGUGACAUUGAGGAAGACAUUAUACCUCUUUGCAGGGAACUUGGAAUUGGGGUUGUUUCAUACAGCCCCGUUGGCCGUGGACUUUUUGGUGGAAAGGCUGUUGUGGAGAGCUUGCCUGCUAGCAGUUUCCUGGGAUCACAACCAAGAUAUAGCGGAGAGAAUAUUGAAAAGAACAAGGGCAUAUAUUAUCGUGUGGAAGAAUUGGCCAAGAAACAUGGAUGCACACCUGCUCAACUUGCUAUUGCUUGGGUUCUUAAUCAGGGUGAUGACUUUGUACCCAUUCCCGGAACUACUAAGAUGAAAAACCUUCAGGAUAACAUUGAUUCUGUGAAGGUGAAGCUCACUAAAGAAGAACUGAAAGAGAUUUCUAAUGCAGUGCCAAUAAGUGAAGUGGCAGGCCAAAGAAUGGGAGGUGUUUUUGACAAGACAUUAUAUAAGUAUGCGAUUACCCCGCCAUUGAAGUAGUAGAUUGUUGAGAAAUAUAAUGGCAGAGCUGCAAAGGAUUACAAAUGUGUAUGGGAGGCCAUUGUAGUGUUGAGAGUAUCCAAGAUUGUGUGUGCUAGUUUGUUUUAUGUUUGCAAUAUGAAUAAUAACACGAAUACAUGUCUGCCUCGGCUUGCAUAUGUAUAUGUGUAUGAUAUGUAUGCAAUAUGAAUCUUCUUAUGUUGGCUGCUAAAUUCUUUUGUGAAGUCUUUCA